UAGCGAAAGGAUUGCUUGGUACACGAAAAUGGCAAAAACCUCUCUCAUGAUCAUAACUGGUCUUUUGGGAUCUCUUCUCAGUGCCGAAUGUACAGUUUUUAUCAAAAACGAACAAGCAAGCUCAAUUUUGCGCAGGCAGAAGAGAUAUAAUUCAAAUAGACUGGAAGAGUUUGUUCCAGGGAACCUCGAGAGAGAAUGUAAGGAAGAAAAAUGCAGUUUUGAAGAAGCGCGAGAAGUCUUUGAAAACACGGAAAAAACAAUGGAGUUUUGGAAAGGGUAUAUUGAUGGAGACCAGUGUAAUCCAAAUCCGUGUAAAAAUGGAGCCCGUUGCGCAGAUGAUGUCGGUUCCUAUGUGUGUUGGUGUCUGGCAGGGUACGAAGGAAGGAACUGUGAGCUAGAUUCAACCUGUGCUACUAAGAAUGGAGGAUGCAAGCAUUUUUGCAACAAUGACCCACCCCACAAAGUUGUUUGCUCCUGUGCACCUGGCUAUAAACUGAAUGGAGAUGGAAAAUCCUGUGACCCUGCAGUGCCAUUUCCAUGUGGGAGGAUUACAGCUCCCGAAGCCAAAAGCAAGUACACCCGGGCCAUGAAUACCUUUGACAAGUGGAACUACAAUUCUACCGAUGAUCAUGACGAAGCAACAGACAAUACCACUCAAAUCACACCCAUCAUUAAGCAAGUUACACGAGUCGUUGGUGGAGUGGAAAGCAGGAAAGGUGAAGUUCCUUGGCAGGUUCAUUUACAGAACAGUAAUGGAGUAGGAUUCUGCGGGGGGUCUAUUGUCAAUGAAAAAUGGAUCGUAACAGCAGCGCACUGCAUUGUGCCUGGCGCACAGAUUACUGUUGUGGCAGGUGAACACAACACGGAAGUCAGUGACGGUACCGAGCAGUAUCGCCAAGUGGUGAAAAUCCUUCCGCAUCACACCUAUAAUGCCAGCAAAAACAAGCAUGAGAAUGACAUAGCACUGUUAGAGCUUGAGACCCCGCUGGAGUUCAACAGCUACGUCACCCCCAUUUGCAUUGCCAGCAGGGAAUUCACCAACAGCCUCCUCAAGUAUGGAACUGGCACCGUGAGUGGCUGGGGGAGCCAGCUGUUCCGGGGAAGGGUGGCCACAGUCCUACAGGUUCUGAAAGUCCCAUUUGUUGACCGUGCAACAUGCAUGAAAAGCAGCACGUUUUCUAUCUUACAUAAUAUGUUCUGUGCGGGUUACCAUUCAGAGGCUAAAGAUACAUGUGAAGGGGACAGCGGGGGCCCUCAUACUUCAGAAAUAGAAGGUACCUGGUUUCUAACUGGAAUAACCAGCUGGGGGGAAGAGUGUGCACUGAAGGGCAAAUAUGGUAUCUACACCAGAGUAUCAAAGUACACCAAGUGGAUAAAAGAUAAAACAAGUGGUUAAUCAACAGAGCUAAAGCUUUCUAUUGCUUUUCUGUGGGUUGCCUGAUUAAGAGUUGUUGGAGAAUGUAAAAAAAAAACAAACAAAAAACAAACCCUAAUUUGUUUUUUCUUAAAAUUUUGCAUUUUAAUAAACAAUUUUAAUAGAACCAAUUUUUCUCUUUGAAGAUAAAUAUUUACGCAGGGGGUUCAGAGUGCAUGUGGUUAAAAAGGAAAAAAAUGCAUUCAUUGUAAAUGGCCAAAUUCUACCUUCAUUCUUGAGCAUACCUCUACCUUUGAAGUCACUGUCGCGUGUUUGUAGCAGAGGACAGAAUUUGAGUUGAAGGAUACAAUACUGUGAGCUUUUGCAGCGACUGAAAAAAUAUCGCAUUACCUUGUCUGCCAACAAUCUCAAGGGUCUGGAAGUUUUAAUGUCAACCAGUGCAAGUAUUGUUAUGAUCAGUAGGAAAUUCUUGAGAUUUAUUAACAUGUAACACUGGUUCUCAUGAUGUAAAAUAACCUGAAAGCACAGACCUAUUAAAAACUCACAUGGAAGUAGCUGCAGGAUUUGUGAUACUGAUUUCUGCCGAGACUUGAUUCUAGGUUAUGAAAAGAUAAUUGUUUGGCAUCUAUCUCCAUAACUUAACAUUCAUUGUAUUAUUCAGAGUUAAUUAGAACUAGCAACCAGAUCCUCUGCUAGUGUAAAUUGAUGUCACUCCAUUGACUUCAAUGGAGCUAUGCAUAUUUACAUCAUCAGAAGAACCGGCCUGAUAUUUUUAAAGCUCAUAACGAUCCUCCUUGUUCGAUCACUCAUGGGUAAGUAUUUGAGAAUAGAUGUCAUUCCAAUGGGAAAGAAAGUAACCCGGACUUUGUAUUCAAUGGGAUUUUAACCUUAAAAACAUUGUAAUUCACUAAGAUCCAGGUUCUCAAAGGUAUUUAGGCACCUAACUCCUAUUGAAAACAAUGAAAACAAUGGGAGUUAGGUGCCUCUGAGGAUUUGGGCUUUAUUGCCUGAUCUACUGCCCACUAGUUAUUCCAGUGGGUAGCGGAUUAGGUCUAUAUGGUCUGUUGCUGUUCCUAUUCAAAUUAAUGAUAGCUUUGCCACUUGAAUAAAUCAGGCUCUUGCACAAUAUAUUCAAUCUAUUCAUGCAACAUAAACACCAUUGUCCAGUCUUGUGUCAUAUCCCUUUGAUCUUCCCCUGACUCAAGGCAUUUACGUUAUUAAGAUAUUAUUGUGCUUUGGGCAUCAUUGGUUAAUUCUAACACU